AUGAACACACCCAGCAUCUCCUUCACAAGCCUCGGCUUGGUCGUCCUCGAUGAGAUCCGCUUCCCCAGCCAGGAGCCAUUACUCGAUAUUCUGGGCGGUUCUGGUGCCUAUGCCACGCUCGGUGCUCGAUUAUUCCUCCGCCCUCCGCUGAGCCAUACCUUGGGCUGGAUGAUCCAUACGGGAAAUGACUUUCCGGAGCUCAUGCUGGACCGGCUAGAAAGCUGGGAUGCAACGUUGGUUGUAGAACGGGAAGCCGAUAAGCCGUCAACUAGGGGGCUACUGGAAUAUGAGGAUACUACGUUUGGACCGAAACACUUUACAUAUACCACACCCCUCCUCCCAGUCCACGACAACAACCUAAAGCACACUCCCCUCCUAACCGCACAAGCAUACCACUACCUCGAAACCCCGCAAGGCAUGCAAACCCGUCUCUCAACCCUUCUAUCUCUCAGAAAAGAAGCAGGCGCACUAGAUCACCCCCUCAUAAUCUGGGAACCUGCCCCCUACGCCUGUAAACCCGAGAACCUCCAGCCCUGCCUCGCCGCCGCGCAGCAUGUCGACGUGCUCUCGCCGAACCACCUCGAGCUCGCCGCGCUCUUCGGCGAAUACCCCGCAAAAGCUCACGACAAAGCCACAAUUGAGGCCCUCGCGCAACGAAUGCUAGAUAGCGGCGUCGGGCAAGACGGGAAAGGCACCGUCGUCGUUCGCGCAGGCGAGAACGGCAGCGUGGUUGUAUCUCGCGAUCUGCCUCCAACGUGGCUGCCGCCUUUCUAUACGACUGGAGCUGACGGGAGGCAGCAUUUUAAGGUUGUUGAUCCGACUGGCGCAGGGAAUGCGUUUUUGGGGGCGUAUACGGUUGGGUAUCUACGUACGGGGAGUGCGGUUGAGGCGGCUUGCUAUGGGACUGUGGGGGGGUCGUUUGCGCUGGAGCAGGUGGGGAUGCCGGAGCUGGUCUCCGGUGGAGACGGGGAGUUGUGGAAUGGUGUGGAUGUGUUUGAGAGGUUGGCUGAGUAUAGGGAGGCGGUUGGACUUGGUGCUUAG